CGAAAACGGCGGUCAUUGCGAGAGCCUUUUGAUUACAGGGGCUGGGUGCCUAUCUAGCGCGUAUGUGGAAGAGCCGUGGGCGCCGGAAGGACUGGUACCAAGGCGGGUUAUGCAACGUAAGGCAUGAUUGGUCAAAGCUGGUCAGGGCAUUGAAACCGCCGGGUGUUGUAAAUAGUAGGGGCGCGCAUCUUAUGCCGUUCCGCAAAUAGUGGGGCGCGCAUCUUAUGCCGUUCCGCAAAUAGUGGGGCGCGCAUCUCAUGCCGUUCGUUCUUCUCCAGUGAUCAUCAGACAAUCUAAAGCACCAUGGCUGGACAAGUUGAAGAGCUAGUCUUGGACCUGCCAUCAAUGAAGCGUGAUCUUCGAACCAUACGUGGCCUAUGUCGAGAACGGUAUUUGCGACAUUGUAGCAAGUGGUGUGGGGAGAUGCUUUUGGCACUGCAAGAUGUGAAAGAAGAUGCAUCACAGCCGAUCGGUGACAUCGAGACCGAGCCCGGGGCCGAGUCCGAGUCCGAGUCGGAGUCCGAGUUGGAGGCGGCCGAGCUGGCGCACGACUACCUCCUGUGCGGCGAGCUGGACCGGGCGGCGCACCAGAGCGGCCGCUGCGUGGGCCGACGCGGCCGCUUCCUGCACCUGUACGCCCGCUACCUGGCGGCGGAGCGGCGCCGCGCCGAGGACAGCCCCGACCCGCUGACGCCGGCGCAGCGCCUCAAGUCGCCUGAGCUGGCCGAGCUGCGUGCAGAGCUGCAGGCGCUGCACGCACGACCCGACGCUGACGGCUUCGUCAGCUACCUGUACGGCGUGGUGCUGCGCCGGCUGGAGCUGCGCACGCCGGCGGUGGAGGCGCUGGUGCGCGCCGUCACGCGCCAGCCGCUGCUGUGGCAGGCGUGGCUCGAGCUGGCCGCGCUCGUCACCGACCGCGAGAUGCUGGCGCUGCUCACGCUGCCCGACACCUGGAUGCGCCAGCUGUUCUACGCGCAGGUGUUCCUGGACCUGCAGCUGAACGCCGAGGCGCUGGCCAUCUACCGGGGGUUCCAGCAGGCGGGCCUGCAGCGCGCCGCCUACAUCAGCGCCCAGAUCGCCAUCGGCUACCAGAACAUGCGCGAGGUGGACCAGGCCAUCGAGGUGUUCCAGGGCCUGCUGAAGACGGACCCGUGCCGUAUGGAGAACAUGGACUCGUACAGCAACCUGUUAUAUGUGAAGGGCAUGCAGGUGGAGCUGUGCAACCUGGCGCACAACCUCUCCCAGAUCAACAAGUACAGCGUCGAGACGUGCUGCGUCAUCGGCAACUACUACAGCCUGAAGAACCAGCACGAGAAGGCGAUCCUCUACUUCCAGCGCGCGCUGCGGCUGAACUCCAGCUACCUGGCUGCCUGGACGCUUAUGGGCCACGAAUACCUGGAGCUGAAGAACACCAACGCCGCCAUCCAGUGCUACCGGCAGGCGAUCGACGUCAACCGCCUGGACUACCGCGCCUGGUACGGGCUCGGCCAGAUGUACGAGAUCCUGAAGAUGCCGCUGUACUGCCAGUACUAUUACAAGCAGGCGCACCAGCUGCGACCCAACGACAGCCGCAUGCUGAUGGCGAUGGGCGAGUCUUACGAGAAGCUGGACAAGCUCCAGGAGGCCAAGCGCUGCUACUGGAAAGCGCACAGCAUCGGCGACAUCGAAGGUUUCGCGCUGCUGCGACUGGCCAAGCUGUUCGAGCGGCUGGGGCAGCCGAUGCGCGCCGCCGCCGCCUACGCCGACUACAUCCGCGACUCGGAGGGCUCCGACGUCUGGGACCGCGAGGAGCAGGCGCAGGCCUACCGCUUCAUGGCCAACUACUUCCUGGUGCGCGGCCAGCUGGACGAGACGGCCCACCACGCGGCCAAGUGCACUGAGUUCCCCGAGACGCGCGAGGAGGGCAAGGCCAUACUGCGUGAGGUGGCGCAGCGGCGGGCGGGACGAGGGCGGCACUGCGGAGCUGACCGAGCCGGGCACGGCGCCGCCCACCGCGCCGGAGACGUCUGGCCAGCUCGCGGCGCACGGCGACACACCUCUGGGCAUGUCGCCCCUGCCGCCGUUCAAGCUGCUCUUCAGCCCGUGAUGAGGCCGCUGGGAGCGUGGGUCGCCGCUGAGCGGUGGGGGAGGGAAGGGGUCGGUGGAGCUCAUCUGGGGCGGUCUGCUGUGGUGGCUGGAUGUUGUUAAACGCUGAAGGGUAUAAUGGCACACGCUUUCAGUGUAUGGGGGCCGCUGCGAGUUUAUCGCAGAUGAACUUGUGAACUCAAUACAUGUUUCCACAGAG